GGGGCGUGGUCAGCCUUGGGGGCGGAGCCGGCGCCGCGGUGGCUGCUGAGCUCUCCCGAGCUCCACGGCCGCGCUUUGGUCCCGGACCCGAGCUACUCACCGGGCGGUGGGCGCUCGUUGGUCCCGGGCUUUGCCAGCCCCCGAAGGCAAGACUAGCUCGGUGCUGUUCCUCCCGGGGCGGACCCCCGAGACCCCGCUAUGGACGGCGAGAGCGAAGUGGAUUUUUCCAGCAACAGCGUAACCCCCUUGUGGCGGAGGCGGUCGACCCCUGAGCCCCAGCUGCUGGGUCGGAGCAAGCCGAGACCGCAGUCCUACCAGAGCCCCAGCGGGUUGCUGAUCACGGAUUUCCCGGUGGAGGAGCGGGGGACGCACCCCGCAGCGCAGGCUCCAGCCCAGGUGCCCGCCGCCUCGGAGGGCAGGACCGUCCACAGGAGUCCCCUGCUUCUGGGUGCCCAUCGGAGCCCGGUAGCCAAUGGUGGGACGGUCUCCCCGGAGUACAGCGCUGCCUCGCCUCGAGUUCGACGACCCAAGUCCCCCCAGGUUUCCAAAGCAGUGCCGAGUGGCUCCCCGAAAUCCCCAGCGAAUGGCACGGUGAGCCCGCCUGUGCCGCCGCGGGUACUGCGCCCCCCGCGGACUUUCAGUGCGUCCGCCUCCGGCAGCCCGGAGGGGGACCCGUCUGGGUUGACCGCCAGCCCGGUGCCCUCGCCCGCUGCGAAUGGCCUUGGCCCCAGUCACGACUCUCCUGGCUCCGGCUCCCAGUCUGGCCAGCCGGCCAAGGACCCCGAACCGGGGUCCUCUCCUGCAUCCCAGAAAAGGUCUUCGGAACAAAAACUCCCCCUUCAAAGGCUGCCCUCACAGGAGAACGAGCUCCCGGAGAAUCCUUCCGUGGUUUUGAGUACAAACAGCCCCGCCGCCCUCAAAGUGGGGAAGCAGCAGAUCAUUCCGAAGAGCCUGGCCUCAGAAAUUAAGAUAAGUAAAUCCAACAGCCAGAAUGUGGAGCCCCACAAGAGGCUUCUCAAGGUGCGCAGCAUGAUGGAGGGCCUUGGAGCACCCCUGGGACACGCAGGGGACGAGGGCGAGGUCGACAACGACUUGGACAGCCCCGGGUCUCUGCGGAGGGGCUUGCGGUCCACAUCCUAUCGCAGGGCCGUGGUCAGUGGCUUUGAUUUCGACAGUCCUACCAGCUCGAAGAAGAAGAACAGAAUGUCCCAGCCUGUUCUGAAGGCAGUGGUGGAAGACAAGGAGAAGUUUUCCAGCCUGGGGAGGAUAAAGAAAAAAAUGCUGAAAGGACAAGGAACAUUUGAUGGGGAAGAAAAUGCUGUCCUAUAUCAAAACUACAAAGAAAAGGCCCUUGACAUUGACUCUGAUGAAGAGUCGGAGCCCAAAGAACAGAAGUCGGAUGAAAAAAUCUUGAUUCACCAUAAGCCGCUGAGAUCCACGUGGAGCCAGCUCUCUGCUGUGAAAAGAAAUGGAAUAUCUCAGACAGUGAGCCAGGAGGAGAGAAAGAGACAAGAGGCUAUAUUUGAAGUCAUAUCCUCUGAACAUUCAUAUUUACUCAGCUUGGAGAUCUUAAUACGAAUGUUUAAAAAUUCUAAAGAGCUGAGCGAUACAAUGACUAAAACCGAAAGGCACCAUCUUUUCUCCAAUAUUACAGAUGUCUGUGAGGCAAGCAAAAAGUUCUUUAUAGAGUUGGAAGCACGACAUCAGAAUAAUAUCUUCAUAGAUGACAUAAGUGACAUUGUGGAAAAACAUACAGCAUCCACAUUUGACCCGUAUGUGAAAUACUGCACAAAUGAAGUCUACCAGCAACGGACACUACAAAAAUUGUUAGCCACCAAUCCAUCCUUUAAGGAAGUAUUGUCAAGAAUCGAGUCCCAUGAAGACUGUAGGAACUUACCCAUGAUCUCUUUUCUCAUUCUCCCCAUGCAAAGGGUGACCCGUCUUCCUCUGCUGAUGGAUACUAUCUGUCAAAAAACACCUAAGGACUCUCCAAAGUAUGAAGUCUGCAAGAGGGCCUUGAAGGAAGUAAGCAAGUUGGUCCGACUGUGCAAUGAAGGAGCCCGGAAGAUGGAGAGGACCGAGAUGAUGUACACAAUUAACUCCCAGCUGGAAUUCAAAAUUAAGCCUUUUCCUUUAGUCUCCUCUUCUCGGUGGUUGGUAAAAAGAGGCGAGUUGACAGCUUAUGUAGAAGACACUGUGCUUUUCUCAAGAAGGACAUCCAAGCAGCAAGUCUACUUCUUUCUUUUUAAUGACGUGCUUAUUAUCACCAAGAAGAAGAGUGAAGAAAGUUACAACGUCAAUGAUUACUCUUUAAGAGAUCAACUAUUGGUGGAAUCUUGCGACAAUGAAGAGCUUAAUUCUUCUCCAGGGAAGAACAGUUCCACAAUGCUUUACUCAAGACAGAGCUCUGCCAGUCACCUCUUCACUCUGACGGUCCUUAGCAACCACGCGAAUGAGAAGGUGGAGAUGCUACUGGGUGCUGAAACACAGAGCGAGCGAGCCCGCUGGAUAACCGCCCUGGGACACAGCAGCGGGAAGCCCCCUGCGGACCGAACCUCCCUGACCCAGGUGGAAAUCAUCAGGUCGUUUACUGCCAAGCAGCCAGAUGAACUGUCUUUGCAGGUGGCAGACGUGGUGCUCAUUUAUCAGCGUGUCAGCGACGGCUGGUAUGAGGGGGAACGCCUGCGAGACGGAGAGAGGGGCUGGUUUCCCAUGGAAUGUGCCAAGGAGAUAACGUGUCAAGCUACGAUCGAUAAGAAUGUAGAGAGGAUGGGACGCUUGCUAGGCCUGGAGACCAACGUGUAGCCUGUCGGGCGGCCUUCUGUGAGGCGAGAUUUGCACUACAUGCGGUGGGCUGGUUGGUUCUGGGCUGCUUUUGUUGUUAAUGUUAUCACAGCCUAUUUAAUUAAAAGAAUGAAAACACCCGC